GUGAGUGAGUGAGUGAGUGGGAGCGGGGUGAGGGGGUCACUACUGGAUGCGCUGAGCCGGGGGGGUCUCAUGAGGAGCCGAGUGAGUCCCCGUGCUGGGGGGGGGCGCCAGGCCCUAUGGCCGCUCCACCUCCUCCACCACCUCCUCCACCACCUCCACCUCCUGCUCCCCCCGCUGCUGCUGCUUGGCGUGUCGGCGGGCUCCGCCACGGAGCUCACGUUCGAGCUGCCCGACAACGCGAGGCAGUGCUUCUACCAGCACGUGGCGGCGGGGGCCCGCGCCUCGCUCGAGUACCAGGUGAUCACGGGGGGCCACUACGACGUGGACUGCCGUCUGGAGGACCCCGAGGGCGGCGUGCUCUACACGGAGACGCGCAAGCAGCACGACAGCUUCGCGUGGACGAGCGAGCGCGGCGGCCUCCACAGCUUCUGCUUCUCCAACGAGUUCUCGACCUUCUCGCACAAGACGGUCUACUUUGAGCUGCAGGUCGGGGACGAGGCCCCGCUCGUGCCCGAGAUGGGCCGCCGCGUCACGGCGCUCACCCAGAUGGAGUCAUCGUGCGUGAGCAUCCACGAGGGCCUGCGUGCGACGCUGGACUACCAGACGCACCACCGGCUGCGCGAGAGCCAGGGCCGCGCGCGUGCCGAGGAGCUGCGCACGCGCGUGGCGCUCUGGUCGCUGGGCGAGACGGCGCUGCUGCUGCUCGUGGGCGCCGGGCAGGUGCUGCUGCUGCGCGGAUUCUUCAGCGAGGACCGCCGGGCCCAGACGGGGUUGUAGCCCGCCCGUCCGCGUGUCCGUGUGUCCGUGUGUCUGCG